GCCCAGCCAGCGACCUGAAAACUGACCCAGGGGUAUAACAUUGUUCAAACUGAAAAAAAAAUGGCCGGUGCCACUUUCUGCGUGGACAAUAUCCUGUGUGCGAGAAUGUGAACACUGUAGCCUGAGGGUUCCAACCGCCAUUGGUCAGAUCCGUUGAGAAUGGAGAAGCAGUCAGACUAUGCUUGAGGGGGCUAAAGUGUCGUGUGCAAAGACUACUUGUACUUAACCUCAGCGAGGCUGCUACUCACCAACAGUUGAUCAGAGAUUGAGUAUCCUAUGUCGUGGGACUAUACCUGUUAAAAGAACAUGAAUUCUGAAAAUAUGGAAUCUGAAAAUGCAGAAACUGAAAAUAUGGAAACUGAAAAUCUAGAAUAUGAAAAUAUGGAAAUUGAAACCAUUUCUUCAGUUUCAGCUCUGCAAGCCCUCUCUAAGCUACUUUAUCCCGAAGAAGAGGAUGAUUUUGAGACUGGACAGGUGCCAAAUUGUUCAUCUGUCCUUGGAGCCAUGGGUCCUGGGAAUAUUGGACCACCAACAAGAGAAGAGGUCCAAGUCAUCCCUCAAAGCAGUGAUGAAAACGGCGAGGCUAUCUGGAAUCCAGAAGAGGUUCCAGAGGGAGCAGAGCAUGAGGACAUGUGGGAUGUUAGAGAAAUACCAGAGUAUGAGAUAAUAUUCAAACAGCAAGUGGGAACUGAGGAUAUUUUCCUAGGAUUUUCGAGAAAAGACUCUUCAACUGCAUGUUGUGAAGAUCUAGUGGUUAAAAUUAAACUGCCAAAUACAAACCCUUCUGAAAUUAAAAUUGACAUCCAAGAAAUGGUUCUUGACCUCCGUACUCCUGAUAAGAAGCUGUUGAUAACCCUUCCCCAUCCUGUGGAAUGCAACAGUGCCAAGGCCUUCUAUAUUCUGGAGACUGAGACUCUUGAAGUCACCACAACUUUGAAAAGGGAGUUGGAUUUCAUUAAUUUCUUCUAAAACUUCAUGAGUAAGGAGGAAAAGGGGUACAUUGGAGUGAUUAAAAAAAUAAAAGAAAACUUUGGAAAACAUUAGUUAAUGUUUUCUAUCUUCUUUAUUACUCUGACAUAUUUCAGAAAGGGUCUCAAUUCAAUUCAAGUGAGAUCCUGAUCUUUUGACAGUCAUUUCUAUUACUCUGAUGGAAAAUAU